UUAGAUCUCUUGAAUACGGUAAUGUCUCGUCUCAUCUUACAAGACAACAUUCGUGCCUCGGCAGUUUGCAAGUCAUGGCUUCAAUCUGCUGUCUCGGUUCGUGUCGUGGACCUCCCCCCACGGCUUUUGCACGUCCCGAAAACUGGCGACAAGUACGAGAUUCUGGACCCAUCGGACCUGAGAAAACAAAUCUUCGAGUUGCCCGAGUUGAACGACUGCCUUGUCCGUUACUCUAACGACGGUUGGCUGCUUAUGCAAAACCCUAGCUCUGACUCUCUCUUCUUCUUCAAUCCCUUCACUAGAAACCUCAUAAACUUGCCCACUCUCGAGAACACGCCCUUCACUAUCGCCUUCUCGAGCGCUCCUACCUCGGGAAACUGCUGGCUGUUCACCGUCUCGAAUCUUGAAAUCACUCACGUCAAGAUCAGUACUUUACAUGUCGGUAAGGCCAGCGAGUGGACCACCGAGACAUUCGAGUCAGAUCUACCGUUCAACUUCCAAUCCUAUAACCAGAUUAUGUUCUGUAAGGACAGGUUCUAUUGCCUCAGUCGCAUAGAUUGGAUAGCGGCUUUCGACCCUCUUGCCCGUUCCUGGGACGUCCUAAAGGUGCCUUCUCCCGGCUGCCCUUACUACCAUUUCAAUACAGACGAAGGGUGGCAAAAGUUCAUGACUGAACACGAGGGCGAAAUCUUUGUCAUCUACUCACGAGACGAUCUGGAAAGGCCUAUAGUGUUUAGGCUCGACAUUGCUCGUACGCAUUGGCGGAACGAGGAUGAACUGGAGGGAUUGACGAUAUUCACGAGCUCACUGUCGUCGAAGACGAGGUUCAAUCUGGCAGAUAUGUUCAAGGGGAAGGUGUGUUCGACAAAGGGUCGUUUCUUCAGGGUUGACUGUGAUCAGUGCUCGAAUAUUGAUGGAGUUGAGGGGCAUGGUUUGUGCAAUGAGUGCCGAGAACAAUGGCCUCGUAGGUUUAUUUGGAUCGAUCCCCCGAGGGAAUUCCGAGACAUGAUCUGA